AUGGGACCGCCGUCGGCUCCGCGCAGCAUCAUCUAUCAGAUCAAUGAUACGGUGGUGACGCUGGAGUGGUCGGAGCCGCUGGACCACGGCGGGCGCUCGGAUCUGUCCUACAGCGUGGAGUGUGUGCGCUGCAGAGGCUCCGGCUGCGUCCCCUGCGCAGACAGUGUCUCCUACAGGCCGGGGCAGGUGGGUGUGACCGGGAGGCGGGUCAUCAUCCGCGGACUCCUCCCACACACCACCUACACCUUCACCGUCAUCGCCCAGAACGGAGUGAGCGCUGUCAGUCACACAAGCCCCGCCUCCAGCUCCGUCAACAUCACCACCAGCAGAGACGUGGCCGUUCCAGUGUCCGGCAUCAGGAGGACUAUAGCGUCUGAGAGCAGCGUCUCCAUCAGCUGGACUGUUCCUCCGCAGACGCAGCACAACAUUCUGGAGUAUCAGCUGCGCUACAGUCUGAAGGAUCAGGAUGACGGAUGGCAGUACAUCAGCAGUAAAAGCAACUCGGUGGUUCUGAACGAUCUGACCCGCGCGUCACAGUACCAGGUGCAGGUUAGAGCCAGAACCGCAGCGGGAUAUGGACACUUCAGCCCCGCCGCCAACAUCAGCACACUACCUGACGAUGAAGAAUCUCCAUCGCGGCUGUUGCUCACUGGUGUGCUGGUCGCUAUAGGACUGCUCAUUCUCAUCACCGUGGUGAUCGUUGCCGUGUUCUGCUUCAGGCGCUCCAGCCGCACACGGGACCCGGACCCGGAUAAGAGCUGCCAGUUCCUGAUGGGUCAGGGGAUUAAAGUGUACAUCGAUCCGUUCACAUACGAGGAUCCGAACGAGGCGGUGAGGGAGUUCGCUAAAGAGAUCGACGUGUCGUUUGUGAAGAUCGAGGAGGUGAUCGGUGCCGGUGAGUUCGGUGAGGUGUGUCGCGGCCGGCUCAAGGUUCCCGGGAAGAAAGAGAACUACGUGGCCAUUAAGACCCUGAAGGGCGGCUACACAGACAAGCAGAGGCAGGACUUCCUGUCCGAGGCGUCGAUCAUGGGUCAGUUCCAGCAUCCCAACAUCAUUCACCUGGAGGGAGUGAUCACAGCUUCCUGUCCCGUGAUGAUUCUGACCGAGUACAUGGAGAACGGGGCACUGGACUCCUUCCUGCGGGUCAGUACCUGUCUGUCUCUCUGUCUGAUGUCAGAUGUGUCGCCCGCUCUCACCCGUCUCUCUGUCUGUCUGUCUGAUGUCAGGUCAGAUGUGUCACCCACUCUCACCUGCCUCUCUCUCUCUGUCUCUGUCUGUUGUUGGGUCAGAUGUGUUGCCCGCUCUCACCUGUCUGGCGGGAAGAUCCCGAUCCGCUGGACGGCUCCUGAAGCCAUCGCCUUCCGUAAGUUCACCUCGGCGUCAGACGUCUGGAGCUACGGCAUCGUCAUGUGGGAGGUGAUGUCGUUCGGAGAGAGGCCGUACUGGGACAUGAGCAACCAGGACGUGAUCAACGGCAUCGAGCAGGACUACCGCCUGCCUCCUGCCCCAGAAUGCCCUGCGUCUCUGCACCAGCUGAUGCUGGACUGCUGGCAGAAGGAGAGAUCGUCUCGCCCGCGAUUCUGUGCCAUCGUCUCUGCCCUCGACCGACUGAUACGCAACCCAGCCUCGCUCAAGAUCACCGGACGUAUACCAGGUGGGCCGUCUCACCCUCUGCUGGACCAGCGUCCCCCGCCGCCGCUCUCUCACUGCAGCUCAGUGUCCGACUGGCUCCGGUCCAUCAAGAUGGAGCGAUACGAGGACAACUUCCUGCAGGCCGGAUUCACCUCCAUCCAGCUCAUCUCACACAUCUCCACCGAGGAUCUUCUGCGGAUCGGCGUGACUCUAGCAGGACACCAGAAGAAGAUCCUGACCAGCGUCCAGACGCUGCGGGUCCCCGGCGGCUCCCUGCGAUACUGACGCUUCCCAGCAUUCCCUGCUUCUGCUGGAGACCGAUCGACCAAUCACUGAGGAGCACCACAGAACCAGCCAGUCAGUGUCCCGUCUGUGUUUGUUCUCUUGGUUUCACUCGGACUGAUGCUCUCAGGAGCGUCUCGUGAAGAGACAUCACAGGAGGACGUGUUACUGUUGCCGUGGCGACGCCGAUGCAUUCUGGGAGCUUAAUCGGAUCUUCACAUUGAAGAUUCAUUAUAAUUAUUAUUAUAAAGUGAGAUUAUUAUUUUGUACGUAUCAAAACAGCACAAAUAAUGAACGAAUGUUUGUUUAGCAAAUGGACUGUGGGAGCUGUCAAUCAAACCGAGUGUAAUCUGUGUGACCAAUCACAUUAAAGAGCUGCACUGGCCCCUC